CCGUACGCACACGGCGCAGGUUAGUAACCCAAGUCUGUGCGUGUAUUUUAUUAUUCCUGGUUAAAUUCCUCCUCCCAUUCUCUUUGAUUCUCACACACACUUUAUAUGAGAGAACCUGAUCAAAGACCAAAUCUUUCUUUCCCCCAUUGAAACUUUUGUUCUUCAUCCUCAAAACCCUAGUUAUUUUUUUUUGGUUUUGAGAGGAGAAAAGAAGAUGGUGUUUUACUUCAAAGCUCGACCAGAUGUUGGUGAUUUCACCAUCUUUAUGGGCUUAGAUAAGCACGAAAACGAAGAGCUCAUCAAAUAUGGAUUCCCUGAAGAUAUUUGGUUCCAUGUGGAUAAAAUGUCAUCAGCCCAUGUUUACGUCAGAAUGAAGAAGGGUCAGACAAUAGACGAUAUAAGUGAAGGUUUACUUGAGGACUGUGCUCAGCUUGUAAAAGCAAAUUCCAUCCAAGGCAACAAGGUGAAUAAUGUGGAUGUUGUGUACACCCCCUGGUACAAUUUGAAGAAAACUGCGUCCAUGGAUGUUGGCCAAAUUGGUUUUCAUAAUUCUAAGAUGGUUCGCACUGUAAGAGUAGAAAAGCGCAUAAAUGAGGUAGUUAAUAGAUUGAACAAGACCAAGGUGGAAAGGACCCCAGAUUUAAAAGCUGAGCGAGAAGCAGUUAAUGCAGCUGAAAGGGCAGAGAGGAAGCUACAGCUGAGAGACAAGAAACGCCGUGAGGAAAUGGAAAGGCUCGAUAAGGAGAGGCAAGCAGAGAUAAGGAGCUACAAGGGUCUCAUGGUGUCGGAAAAGAUGACAUCUAACAAACAAAUUGCGUCAGCAAGCAAGUCCCUGCAAGAGCUUGAAGACGAUUUCAUGUGAAGUGAGCAGCAGAAACUUAACUGGAAAACACCACAUUGGUGAUUAAUCCAAAAAAAUGGCACUGCCGUAUAAUUGAGGGAAGGAAAUGAAUCAGAAAGUGAAAAGGAAAUGAAUCAGAAAAGCGUAACUUAGGAAGUAAUUUGAAAGCAAUGCUCAAACUUGUUCAUCACUAGACGGAUUGAGUUUUUUUUAUUUUUUUUUCCUUUCUUUCAUGUUGAUGGCGACGAUGAUAAGAUGUUUUCUGAUGACAUGUUUUGCUACUGCAAAAUGCAAAAGUUUUUUUGCCAUAGCAAGCGUGAUCCAUUUAUCCGAGUCUCAAUGAAUAAUCAUUCUAGUA